AUGCCAUCCUGCUGUUUAUGCUGCAAUGAUCCACCGAAUUAUGUGAAUGGAAAGCCUACUGUAUCGGGCGGGGAUGUGAUUUCGUGCUUCGAAGAUGGUCGCCUCUUUCGCGUCAUUAAAGGGAAGAAAUGGUAUUACUAUAAUGAUACGCAAGAAUCUGUAAUGGAUGUGAAUGUGGUGUUUGGUGUGGGAUCAGUCAUUAAGGCACUUGGAAAUACACAAAUUCAUCAAACAGACUCCUCCGGGGCAGGUGUUGCAAAUCUUCGUGUGAUGCCGUUAGAAACGGAGCCAUUUAUUAAAGGUAAGCCGCAGGGAUUUAAUAUUAUCGUAUCAGAAGAGUCCGUUACAGAUGAACAGAAAAGGAUGUAUAUGAAGACUGCUCAUGAAACGGUUGCAAAAAACAUGCAAAAAGUCCGUGAUGUUCUUAAAAAGGCCAAGGAGGGUGCAGUCGCUGCUAUGAAGAAUGAAGAUCGUGCUGUAUACCUAUGUAUAAAGUACAAGGUAUCUUAUGUAGACAUGAACUUCCCACCCAUUGCAGAUUCACUUCGCCCCAGCAGUGAUACCUCAACUCGAAAUAGACGGUUAGAAAACUUGAAUGAUUUUGCGUGGCGAAGACCACGGGAUUAUCUUCCGAGAUCUUGGCAUAAAAAGAUUGCACUAUACAGGAAAAAGAUAACUCCCCAAUCUAUUGAUCAGGGGACACUUGGUGAUUGUUGGUUCUUAUGCUCUAUCAGUGCACUGGCAGAGGAACCGAAAAAUAUCCGUUCACUCUUUCUUAAUCCACAUUGGUGCUGUCGAAAGAAACAGGAAAGAAGGGCCGGUGCCUAUAGAGUGACACUUAAUAUUAACGGGAUAUGGCGUACCCUUAUAGUGGAUGAUUAUCUUCCAUCCACAUCUAAGCUCCCAUGCUUUGCACGCUCUCGCCACUCACCAUGUGAUCUGUGGGUCUCUCUUUUGGAGAAGGCAUACGCUAAGGCCUAUGGAUCAUAUGCUGCCAUUUCUGGUGGAUCUCCCACAUACGCAUUACAGGAUCUUACUGGGUUUCCAUCGUUUUAUUUUAAAAAAUUGUGGAAUGAUGCGUUGAAGAGCUCUGAUUCUGCGGAUAAAUUCUUUAAAUUAUUGCAUCAAUGGAGACAUCAAAAAUACCUUAUCACUGUAGAUACACCUUCAGAAGAUGUGCGCAGCUAUUCUUCACGUCGCAGGAUGAGUAAUAUUGAAGCGGAUGAGGUGGAGAGACUGUACAAGAAGGCUGGACUUGCAAUGGGUCACGCUUACACUGUACUGGACGUUCGACAUUUCCCCCUUCACCGACUUUGCAUGUUGAAGAUACGAAAUCCAUGGGCCAAUGAUGUGGAAUGGAGUGGUGAUUGGUCUGAUAAUAGUGACAUGUGGAAGAAGUAUCCAAUUAUUAAAGCUCUUUGCCGGCCGGAAAAGAAGAAAGAUGGUGUUUUUUGGAUGGAGUGGAAAGAUGUGGUGAAGUUCUUUGAAGAUGGAUGUGUUUGUUUUUACCGCCCAGGCCGAUUUGAGUACCGCAUCCCGGCAGUCUUUGAUGGUGAGGUACCAAACAUUGUUCUUGAGGUGGUGGUGAAGAAAAAAAAGAAAUUCAAGGCAUUUGUGAUGCUGCAGCAGAGAGAAACACGCGGAUUGCCCCCAGGUCACCCAGAAUCUCAACAGACUGGACUCUUAAUUACAAUCUUUGCUGCAGAUGGA